AUGAAGUUCUCUACCGCAGUCUUGGGCAGCGCCCUCCUCGCCAGCGCCUUCGCUGCUCCCUUGACCUCCAAGCGUCAGGCUCGCCGUGCCUCACGCCAGCGCCAGAGCAACCCGCCUUUCAAGGCCGGCACUACCGAGGUCGUGACUCUCAAGAACACUACUGAGGUCGAGUACAGCUCUAACUGGGCUGGUGCCGUCCUCAUCGGUACUGGCUACACUGCCGUCACUGCUGAGUUCACCGUCCCCACCCCCAGUGUUCCCAGCGGUGGCUCCAGCAACGAGCAGUACUGCGCCUCCGCCUGGGUCGGUAUUGAUGGCGAUACCUGCGACACUGCCAUCCUGCAGACCGGUGUCGACUUCUGUAUCCAGGGAAGCACCGUCUCGUACGAUGCUUGGUACGAGUGGUACCCCGACUAUGCCUACGACUUUGACCUCACCAUCGCCUCUGGCGAUGUCAUCAAGGUCACUGUGGAUGCCACCUCCAAGACUGCCGGUACCGCUACUGUUGACAACGUCACCACCGGCAAGUCUGUCACCCACACCUUCUCUGGUGGCGUUGAUGGCGACCUUUGCGAGUACAAUGCCGAGUGGAUUGUCGAGGACUUCGAGGAGGAUGACGAGCUCGUUCCCUUCGCCGACUUCGGCACUGUUACCUUCUCCAGCGCUUCUGCCACAGAUGGCAGCAAGAGCGUCGGUCCUUCCGGUGCCACUAUCAUCGACAUUGAGAGCGACAGCGGUACCGUCCUGACCUCUGUCACUACCUCCUCCAGCAGUGUCGUCGUCAAGUACGUUUAA